UACAUAUUAAACUGAUUUUGAUGGAUUAUAUUAAAUAAAUUAAAAAUUUAUGAAUCACAUCAUAUAUUGAAUCAAAAUUCAAGGGCUCUUUGUGCAAAGAUGAAGGAGAAAUAAAUAACAUGGCAAUUAUCAAGAGUCUGUCAUAAUGUCAGACGCGUUCUUGCCUCCAUCUCUGCAACCGCGAGGGGGUUCUCUCCCACUGGCCGCGGGGAAUUUCCGCGUUUUCCUUGGAUCCGUGUCCGUCGAGCACCGGAACUAACGGGCGAACAUUCGCAGCAAAUCUUUCGAAGACCCAGAUCACACGCCAUUCCUUCUCCCCAGAUUGUGCAACUCCGCAGACCUAGAAGAAGCCUUUAUAUACUUUACCGUUUCUGCCUCUUGUCCUUCACUUCGCUUUAGCUGUUGGAGCGAUACUAAUUCACUGAAGAGCAACUUAAUCUCCCAUCCGUUUGAUGUUCUUGCCGAGGCUGAAAAGCGUCAAGCUUUUCGACCCGCUCCUCCUCGCGCGCCAGGGCUCCGUGCCGAGACCGGUCGUCCGAGGCCUCUUUUUUAGUGCUUUGACUCCUCGCAAAUCGAGGGCUUUAGAGGAUUUAGCUCCUAGGGUGCCAUUUCCCAUCAGGUACAAGUCCAUCGGUGUAUCAUCAGCUUUGAGGCAAGACAUGACUGAACAUAACGAUAGUGGGAUUCUGCUCGAUGGGUGUGAGGAUUCAUAUGGAGGAGUGAGGGUGGAGAUCAAGGAGGAUAUGGAUGCUGAUGUCAUGAAAGCUGAUGUCUUUGCGUCUUUGCUCCGGGCUUCAAUAUCAAGCUGGAAACAACAGGGGAAGAAGGGAGUGUGGAUCAAAUUGCCCAUUACAUGUUCACAUCUUGUUAACAUUAUAGUGAAGGAAGGGUUUAGGUAUCAUCAUGCUGAACCAACUUACUUGAUGCUUGUCUGCUGGCUUCCUGAGACGUCUGAUACCCCGGAUACUAUUCCUAAUAAUGCUUCACAUAGGGUGGGCGUUGGUGCUUUCGUCUUGAAUGAUAAAAGAGAGGUGCUUGUAGUCCAAGAGCAUAGUGGAAGGUUCCAAGGUACGGGUGUAUGGAAACUCCCCACAGGAGUCGUGAAUGAGGGAGAGGAUAUAUGUCAUGCAGUUGUCAGGGAAGUAAAGGAAGAGACUGGAGUAGACACUAAAUUUGUUGAAGUCCUUUGUUUCAGACAAAGCCACAAAUCAUUCUUCACAAAGUCUGAUUUGUUCUUCCUUUGCGUGCUUCAACCAAAAUCAUCUGCUAUUGAUAAACAGAAUGUAGAGAUUGAGGCAGCCCAGUGGAUGCCAAUUGAGGAGUACGCAAAACAACCUUUCGUCGUUAACAACAAGCAAUUCAAUUUCAUGGCGAAUAUAUGCUUGGUGAAGGCUGAUCAUGGCUACCCUGGUUUUAGUGCUCGGGCCACAACUACUUGGGGUGGCAAAAGGACUUACAUCUACUGCAAUAAGCCUGAAAUUGUGGAGAACUUUGCAAGUUUGAUGUAAUUACUAAAAAAGAUGAAAUUUUUAUUUCUUAA